CCAUCACGGGGUUGGACGCCAUGAGUGCCGACAGCUAUAACGCUAUUAAGUACGGCGUCGGCGGUCACUACGCCUACCACUACGAUGUGGUCGCACCCAAUGGGGCCACUGUUGGUGACCGGGUGUACGCCCAGGAUCUGAAACGUGUGGCCACUUGGAUCAACUACUUGAGCGAUGUGGACGCGGGCGGUGACACCAUUUUUCCCAAACUCAACGUGGCCAUUAAGCCGAUGAAAGGGGCCGCCCUGUUCUGGUAUAAUCUAAAAGCAUCGGGCUAUGUGGACAUGUAUACCCUUCACGGUGGCUGUCCUGUACUGGUGGGCGCCAAAUGGAUUGCCACCAAAUGGAUACUCGACGCCCGGCAAGAGUUCCGCAAGCCGUGCGCUCUCGACCAUGAUCAAUAUAAUUUACUGGAUAAAUAUUUGCGCACAAGUUUUAACAUGAAGCAAUUGAUGUGCAUUUUUGUGAUAUUUUUUCUACCAAUUAAUAUAUUUGUUAAUUGUUUUGAUGCAAACUUUUCAAAAUUAGGAACUUCUUUAUAUAUCGAAAAUUUUCUCAUAAAAAAUUAUGUGAAUAAAUACGUGGAGAGCGAAGAGCAACGACUGUCACAAUUGAGACAAUUGUCACAACAGUUACUCGUAUUGAAUGAAAUCACAGCCAAAGAUGUGGACACAUAUUUAGGACAUCCAAUUGGUGUUUAUCUUCUCAUCAAACGUAUGGUCAAUGAAUGGCAAGAAAUACAACAAUUCAUAACAACUGACAGACAAUGGUUGCGAUCACUAUCGGAUCAAAUGACUAAUUUAAAGCUAAUAUACACGCAUGACUUGACCAAGGCCGCGAGAGGUAUAUCGCGUUUAUUAAGGGCAUACCCUUUGGACAUACAGUUAUUGGCCACCGGUUUGAUUAAAUACAAUACAAAUGACAAACAAUUGUUAUUUAGAAAUAUAUUGUCCGAUACCAACCUAACGGCUAGUGAUUGCUAUCUAAUCGGCAAACAAUCCUAUGAUUACAAGGAUUACAAUCAUUCAAUUCAAUGGCUAGAAGUGGCGCUCAUGAGUGCGGAUAAUGGAGUUAAUGGUGUGUCCGAUGAAUUGAGAGCCGAUAUUCUUCAAUACCUAUCACUUUCUUAUUAUAAAAUACAUGAUUAUAACAGAGCCAUGGAUUUCAUGAUUCAAUCAAUUUUCAAAAAUCCCAAUUCAAAGCAUAAACACUCAAAAGAGUUAACAUUAAAAUUAAUGAAAAUGAAAGAUGAAUACAAUUUUGAGAACCAAACAGAGGAAGAGAUACACAAACAAUCACAUGGAAAUAAAUUCACGGCACAUGUCCGCGAUCUAUGUCGGGGACACAUCUCAUUGGAUCAGUCCAUAAGAUUUCAAUUGAAAUGCUAUCACUUAAACACGACUGAAAUACCAUUUUUGCGGUUAAAUCGUAUUAAAGUAGAAGAGAUGUACAAAAGACCUGAUAUUGUGGUCAUUCAUGAUUUCAUAUCUGAACAGGAGAUCCAAACCAUAAGACUUUUAGUACAAUUGAGUCAUCAGCACUCAUCACAUGAUAGCAACACACUAUUGGCUGAUGUGAGUCAACUUAACAACACCAACCACCCGGUGCUCCGCGGAGUUACCCAACGGAUCAGCGCUAUAACCGGCUUAAACUUGCGACAACUAUCUGAUUAUCAUGUGUUUAAAUAUAACAUCGGCGGUCACUAUGCCAUCCAUUACGACGCCCUCCCGCCGGCCAACGCCACCAUCACUGAUGAUGUCUAUGCGGUGGACAUGAAUAGAGUGGCCACUUAUAUGAUAUACCUGAGCGAUGUGUCCGCCGGCGGUCUAACAGUGUUUCCCUAUUUGAAUGUUACGAUAACACCGACCAAAGGGUCGGCUCUGUUCUGGUAUAACCUGAAGAGCUCGGGUCUAAUCGAUAUGCGGACACUUCACACCGGAUGCCCAGUACUGGUCGGUAGCAAAUUGGUUGCCACAAAAUGGAUCCCAGAGAGUGGCCAAGAGUUUUCUAAGUCAUGCGCUCUUCAAAAGCAUCAAGAUCAUUUAUUAGAAAACAAGUUA